AUGGCCCCAUUAUCGAUGAGAGAAAGAAGACGCGUAUCCGACGGCUCCUCCACGAGUGAUACUGCAAUGCCUCCCUUGACCGCAUCGACGACCGCGACAACCAGCUUGAAGGCGGGCAUGAUGGUGGGGUAUAAUACGUUUGAUGGCGGCGCUGCUGCUAACGAUGGUGAUAAUGCCAGCAGUUGCAACUUGAACAACAGCCACACGAGCAACUUGGACCUGAGCUCCGCGAGUGGUCUUGGUCUUGACUAUAAUCAGGACGACACUUCUGCUAUGAACGGAACGGAUCCUCUCGGUCACGCCAGCUCUAUCGCACUGGAUGGUCGCGGGCUUGUGCCUCCUCCUCCCGCUGCAGAUGACGAUGGGCACAUUGACGAGACGGAGCAUACCACGUUCACGUUGGACGAAGACUUUGAAGACUUGCCUCUUUGGAAACGCGUUCCUCCCGCACUGGGCAUGGCCAUUGGCUUGUUCACUGUGAGUCUCUUGACGUGCCUUGGAACGGUCUACCAAUACAAGGUAGCCACCAAUCACAGUCGCAUCUAUGCCUUUAUCUUUACGUCCGUCAAGGGCGCCAUUAUUGGGUUUAGUGCCUUUGUCAUUAGCAAGACGUUUUGGUAUACCCAACAAGAUCUCGAACGAUCUCUCGAACAACAAGACCGCAUGCUCGCGCUACUCAGCAAUGUCUACCCGGAACAUGUCCUUCAAAGACUCCUAGAGGAAGAUGAAGAAAACCAAACCGAAACAAACACCCUCCUGACACCUCCACCUCCUAUCCCUGACGCUACCUUCUUGAACAGACUACAAAAGCAACACAGUGCUGCCAAUCUCGACGAUCUACAUGAAGGAGACGAGGGCAACCAUGACGAUGUUAAUAAUGAAGACGGAAAGAAGGUAGCCGCAAGGGUCACGGUGCGGCAAGAUUCCAUCUCCACCAUGGCAUCUCUGGGUGGCAUUAGCAAUCAAAACUUGACGCUCUCCCCCAAACGCAAGCCGCGCACACGCAGAGUCCCGGCUUCUGCGGCUGCCAUGAUGAUGGAUCAGUCCGCCCGAUCCGCCAACAACCCCCUCGAUGCAUCCAUCGUGUCCCUUUCCCACAACAACAACAAUGGUGUAGACGGCAGUGCACAGGCGCAUCCACUCUACAGCAACAACAACAACCACCACGCUCACGUCACCAAGUCCGUUACGGACCUCUAUCCCAACACGACCGUCUUUUACUCGCAAAUUGUUGGCUUUACCGCAUGGUCCAGUCAACGAGCGCCCAAUCAAGUCUUUGAAUUGCUCGAAACCAUAUUUUGCGAAUUCGAUACCGUCGCUACACGAGGGAACAUUUUCAAGGUGGAAUCCAUUGCCGAUACGUACAUUGCCGUAACCGGAUUGCCCGAAGCCGAUGCCGAACAUGCCGUCCGAAUGGCACAAUUUGCCAGUGAUUGUCUGGCGUCCUUUCAAGCAACGACCGAAAAGUUGGAACGAAGUUUGGGACCCGAUACCGGAGAUUUGCAACUGCGGAUUGGACUUCAUAGUGGUCCAGUCACAGCAGGUGUUCUGAGAGGAGAACGUUCGCGAUUCCAGCUAUUUGGAAACACCGUCAAUAAUGCCAUGAUCACGGAACGUCAAGGCGAAGGAAACCACAUUCAUGUAUCACGAGAAACUGCCGAGCUCAUACAAAACUCUGGAAAGGCGCACUGGGUCGUUCCAAGAGAAAGGUCAGAAGCUGGCAUGACCUACUGGCUCGCGGCUGCCAAGGGCAAACAGCGUCGGCCAUCGUGCUCUCACGGCGGCACACCUCCAAUGUCGCCUACUUCGGCCUCCGAAUCUUCCGACUCUGACAACAACAACAAUAGUAACGACGACAACGACGACGACGAUGAUGACAGCAGCGCAGAAUACAGUGAAGAAUUGGGCCCCAUCGAAUCCGACGACGACAUGUCGGUACUCUCUUCCGAUACCGGAAUCACCUAUACUUCUUCCAUGUCCUCGUGUUCUUCUGGAUCACGCAAAAAGGCAUGGACGAUGCAAGAUAUCUUGACUGCCAAAGAACAACGUCUUAUUGAAUGGACCGUCGAUCAGCUUUCAUCUAUGCUCAAAAAGAUUGUCGCCAGAAGAAACGCCGUCCAGCGAUACGAAGAGCGACAUGGAUUGUCCAACAACAAAUCCAACAGUGCCACACCUCCAAUCCUCCAUUACACUCCCAAAGGUGGCAUGGUCCUUGACGAAGUCCAGGAAUCCAUCGAUCUUCCAAAGUACAGCGAUGCUCUCUUGCGCGAAGACGCCCUCCACGAUGCCUCCAACGUGGUCCUCGGCGAUCGCGUCGUGGAAGAAUUGACCAACUUUGUGAGCACCGUCACCACAUUCUAUUACGAUCCAGGCCGGAACCCGUUCCACAACUUUAUGCAUGCCAGUCACGUCCUCAUGUCCACGGUGAAAAUGAUGCAGCGUAUCAUUUCGCCGUCGCAAGCAGCGCUGGGGAAGAUCAAACUGAAAAAAGCAGGAGAAGAGGAUUCUCCUGAUCGAAGACGAAGCAUCCGUAGAUCCAUGUCGUUAGAGGAACUCCACGAUCAUACGUACGGAAUUACAACGGAUCCUCUGACGCAAUUUGCUGUCGUCUUUGCGGCACUGAUCCAUGAUCUUGACCACCCAGGAGUGCCAAAUGCAACCCUAGUCAAGGAAAAGACUCGGUUAGCCCGCGUCUACAACAACCGUAGUAUUUCAGAACAGAACUCUCUGGAUAUGGCGUGGGAUCUGCUUAUGGACCCUAGCUAUCAAAACUUGGUGAGAACCAUUUGCUUUUCUCAAGACGAACUCAAGCGAUUUCGCCAGUUGCUCGUGCAAACCGUCAUGGCUACCGACAUUGCCGAUGCUGAACUGCGACAGGAUCGCAACGAACGAUGGGACAUGGCUUUUGCCAAGAAGGAAAUUACAAAGAGUGAAGGCAGGUCGCUUGGAAAGAGGACGCCGUCCGGUCGGUCAUUGGGAGACGAUUCAGAUCAAGAGAAUGCCAAUCUAGGCGAAAGGAACCGCAAGGCAACCAUUGUUCUGGAGCACCUUUUGCAAGCAUCUGACAUUGCUCACACAAUGCAACACUGGGAGGUUUUCAAAAAGUGGAACGAGAAGCUUUUCAGAGAGAUGUAUCUUGCUUACCUCCAUGAUCGAUCUGAUAAGGAUCCCGGUGAAUUCUGGUACAAGGGGGAGAUUGGCUUUUUCAAGUUCUACAUUAUACCCCUGGCUAAGAAGCUCAGCGAUUGUGGUGUGUUUGGGGUGUCCAGUGACGAGUAUCUCAACUACGCGCAAAACAAUCUACAAAUCUGGGAAACCAAGGGGGAGGAAGUUGUCGCAGAGUUUCGGGAAGCUGUAGAACGAGACUAUGGAACGAAGGAAGAAAGAAUGGGAAAGAAAGCAUAG